AUGAUCCGAUUAAGAACCUACGCAUGCCUCAGCAUACUCUCAACCCUAACAAUAAUCCACCACGCCUUCACAACCCGAGGCCAAUUCUACCCCGCAACAGUCUACCUCUCCACAUCCAAAAUCAGCCUAAUGCUCCUCCUCAACAUGUGCCUCCUCCUCAUGCUCACCCUCUGGCACCUCGUCAAGCUCCUCUUCCUCGGCUCCCUCCGCGAGGCCGAGAUCGAACGCCUCAACGAACAGGCCUGGAGAGAGCUCAUGGAGAUUCUCUUCGCCGUCACCAUCUUCCGUCAAGACUUCUCCAGCGGGUUUCUCCCUCUGGUUGUUACGCUUUUGCUGAUCAAGGCCUUGCAUUGGCUUGCUCAGAAGAGAGUUGAGUUUAUUGAGACGACUCCUAGUGUGACUAAGCUCGCUCAUGUUCGUAUUGUUUCGUUCUUGGGGUUUCUGUUGGUUGUGGAUUGUUUGUUUAUGUAUAGCUCCGUGAAGGAUUUGAUAAGGUCUAGGCAGGCUUCGGUUUCUCUAUUCUUCUCUUUUGAGUAUAUGAUUUUGGCGACGACUACUGUGGCGAUUUUUGUGAAGUAUGUGUUUUUUGUAACGGAUAUGAUUAUGGAUGGUCAGUGGGAGAAGAAGCCGGUUUAUACUUUCUAUCUUGAGCUUAUCCGUGAUUUGCUUCACUUGUCUAUGUACAUUUGCUUCUUCUUUGUCAUUUUCAUGAACUAUGGAGUGCCUUUGCACUUGUUGAGGGAGCUCUAUGAAACCUUCAGGAACUUCCAGAUUCGUGUUUCUGAUUACCUUCGUUACCGUAAAAUCACUUCCAAUAUGAACGAUAGGUUCCCUGAUGCAACUCCCGAAGAACUUACUGCAAGUGAUGCCACAUGUAUCAUAUGCCGUGAAGAAAUGACAACUGCGAAGAAGUUGAUAUGUGGACAUCUCUUCCAUGUGCAUUGUCUUCGAUCCUGGUUGGAAAGACAGCAGACAUGUCCUACUUGCAGGGCACUCGUUGUACCUCCUGAGAAUGGCACAUCUACUACAGCUGCAGGGCAACGAGGAUUACGCCAAGGUCCUCAACAAGGUACUUCAAGCUCAGGUGCUCAGGGAUCUGAGACACGUUCUUCUACUGGCGUUUCCAAUGAUAGUUUGAGCAGGCACCACGCCAGGCUUCAAGCAGCUGCUUCUGCAGCUGCCAUGUACGGGAAAUCAAUGGUUUAUCCAUCUGCAAACACAGUAGCAUGGUCGCAGCCGGGUACAGAGAAAGCUCCAACAGAAGCGGCACAUCAUCCUUCAUCAUCAUCCUCUGCCCCAUGUGAGCUUGCUGGUGAAAACUCUCGUGCCUAUGCAAAUAUCCCAGAGGCUAAGCUGGAAAAUAUGAAGAACUCUUUAGAGACCCAGCUCGAGAAUUUGCGAAACAGACUUCAUUUUCUGGAGAAGAGGAAAGUGGAAUCCACAGGGGAAGCAGAUAACAAAGGAAAGACGGUUGUUGAUGCUUAA